CAGCUUCUUCUGACACAUCCACAUGCACACGCACCCCGCACACACUCGGCGCCGCUCUGCUCCGCCCGAGCCCCAGUCCCGCACGCACGAUGACUCCCGGAAAGUGUAAAUAAACCGGGAAGCGCUGCUUGUUGGGACUCCUGGAGGAGCUUUGCUGGCUAUCAGCGCAACUUUUGCUUUCAUAACUGAGAGGGGAUCUCUCCACGCCUUCCUCUCCCACCAGGAUUCUUUCAAGGAGGAAGAGGAGAGGCAGAGAAAGGGCAGGGAGAGCGGCGUUCCGCUUUAAGAGCGGCCGGGAGCCCAGACGCCGGGAGGGACCGCGGCUGCUCGGACCCCCGCGGCGGCGCGCCGGGACCGCUUCCGAGACGCUGCGGGCGCCGGCCGUUUCUGCACAAAGUUGGCUCCCGCUCUAGCAGCCGAGUUGGAUCCCACGGCCUACUGCGAGACUCCGGUGUACAACCCGGAUCUCUGCCCCAACAUGAUCGCGGCCCAGGCCAAGCUGGUGUACCACCUGAACAAGUACUACAACGAGAAAUGCCAGGCCCGGAAGGCCGCCGUCGCCAAGACCAUCCGGGAGGUCUGCAAAGUCGUGUCCGACGUGCUCAAGGAGGUGGAGGUGCAGGAGCCCCGCUUCAUCAGCUCCCUCAACGAGAUGGACAACCGCUACGAGGGCCUGGAGGUCAUCUCGCCCACCGAGUUCGAGGUGGUGCUUUACCUGAACCAAAUGGGGGUCUUUAACUUUGUGGACGACGGCUCGCUGCCCGGCUGCGCGGUGCUGAAGCUGAGUGACGGGCGCAAGAGGAGCAUGUCCCUGUGGGUGGAAUUCAUCACCGCCUCCGGCUACCUCUCCGCACGCAAGAUCCGGUCCCGGUUCCAGACGCUGGUGGCUCAGGCGGUGGACAAAUGCAGCUACAGGGACGUGGUAAAGAUGGUGGCAGACACCAGCGAAGUGAAACUGCGGAUCCGGGAUCGGUACGUGGUGCAGAUCACGCCGGCGUUCAAGUGCACGGGGAUCUGGCCUCGGAGCGCAGCCCACUGGCCGCUUCCCCACAUCCCCUGGCCGGGACCCAACCGGGUGGCAGAGGUCAAAGCGGAAGGCUUCAACCUCUUGUCCAAGGAGUGCCACUCCCUGGCCGGCAAGCAGAGCUCGGCGGAGAGCGACGCCUGGGUGCUGCAGUUCGCCGAGGCCGAGAACCGCCUGCAGAUGGGCGGCUGCCGGAAGAAAUGCCUCUCCAUCCUCAAGACCCUGCGGGACCGCCACCUGGAGCUGCCCGGCCAGCCCCUCAACAACUACCACAUGAAGACUCUGGUCUCCUACGAGUGCGAGAAACACCCCCGGGAGUCGGACUGGGACGAGUCCUGCCUGGGCGACCGGCUCAAUGGCAUUUUGCUGCAGCUCAUCUCCUGCCUGCAGUGCCGGCGGUGCCCCCACUACUUCCUCCCCAACCUCGACCUGUUCCAGGGCAAGCCGCACUCGGCGCUGGAGAACGCGGCCAAGCAGACGUGGCGGCUGGCCAGGGAGAUCCUCACCAACCCCAAAAGUUUGGAAAAACUUUAGAGGGCAGCGCAACCAGCAGCCGGACCGCGAGGACUCUGCCGGGAGUCCGCAUCAAGGGGACGCUUCCUGUCCGAUCCCCUCUGCUGUCCCGCUUGACGGCGCAAACCAUCUCUUCCUUCCAAGGGAGGGACACGGGGUUCAGGCAAUACUUUGGCCGCCUCUCCCUGGGCAGAGAAACCAGUGGGGGAAGCAGAUGAAGGAGAACCCCAGCCCGCAAGUGUUCGAGACUUCCUCACCGAGGACCCCCUGUCUCCCCAAAAAGUGCACCGUGACCCUGGAAAAGCAGCCCGUCCCCAAGGCAAGAGCUCAGGCGAGGCUGCUGGCCGGCAGCGGACUGCAGCUACCUGGGGGCUCAGGUGUGCGUGUCUGUGAGCAAACACGUUUGGAUCUGCCCCCGAAGGAGAGUGUAAUGUAUAUUUUGAUGUGUAACAAAUAUUGUGAUCUCACCUUGUCUUUGAAGUGUGGAUGUUGGUGUUUUGUGAUUUGGUGAACAGAAGUUAAAUGGCCAUUUUGGAUAUUUCCAGACGUUUUUCACUAACAAAGGUACCAUUUAAAGGUAGAUUUCCUCCUGGUACUUUUAU